AUGGAAUCGUUUCAUUUCAAUGUAUCCAAAGAGUAUGGAAAAAUAAACCAAGUCGACCAAACUAAAGCGCGGAUGUAUUUUGUUGCAUCCCGUAGACAAGAUGGUUGGAAGAUUCAAUGCCUGGCCCACAGUAACAAAUCAGAACAUUGGUCAUCGCAAGCUUACAUACAUAUUUAUGUACAAUAUUUGUCUAAUGUGAGUGUCUUUGUCAUUCCGUCCGAAGCAAGGCAAGGUGACAGGGUUGUACUGCUUUGUCAAGGCGAAGCAUCUCCUGAGACCAAUCUAACAUGGACCAAGGUUGGAAGCCAAUGGACUCGUAGUGCCAUGAAACCGGUCAUUCUGGAAAAUGUCAGUUUUAAAGAUGCUGGCACUUAUGUGUGCACUUCACGCAACAAAGCAGGAACCCAAAGCAGAAAAACGUCGCUUUUAGUCAAGAUUUCACCAUCAAGGGAAGUAAUUCGGGCCGGACAAAGUGGAUCCUCCAUGUUACAAGCUGUGCUUAUAUUUACGGUGUUAAUAUUUCUUUUCCUGCUGGCCAUUCUCAGUGUGGUUAUCCAUUUCAUUUGCCAUAGUGCAGUUUACAACAAUGCAGGAAAGCUGCCAACCCUACCAGCCGCCUACCCGUCAUUUGCGAACCCAUCCCGGACAACGAUAGAGGAAAGAUCGAAUUCUCAAAUCUCAAUGAAACAAAUAAGCCCUUCGAGUUCAGUCACUUCUUCUUUGCCAGCCAAUUUAAUUCCGCCACGCCCCAAAGCAAAACUUCCCAAGGUACCCUUCAGAUCCCAGUUGGUGGAUUGUGAGCAUUCCUAUAUGAACACAUCGGUCACACAACCAGAUUAUUUGGAAGUGGUCGAUGAAAAAAACGAUAAAGAAGAUCUUUUAUAUGAGGACCCAGACAAGAAUUGCUUCCAGUCUUUAUCCAGGGACAAAGAGCAACCAUCAAAUACAAACCAGAUUCUCCUCUGCUGGGACUGA